AUGGACCUCAGUGUACCCCCUGCCUACGAGUCAUACUCGAACCGGCUCGACCCUCAUGACGAAGUCGACGAUGACUACGGUACAAAGACAUUUCAUCCGGUCUCCGAUCAACAUGUUCUCCUCAGGAGGCGUCGUGCGCGGAAUAAGCGUCGGGGUGCUUUCGAUAUCGUCAGACUCUGCCUGCGCAUCUUGAUCCUUUUACUCGAUCUGAGUAUUCUGAGUUUACUUAUUCAUGGAGUUAAUGUUUGGGAUAAAUCCGGGAGUAGAAAUGAGGAUGGCUGGAGAGCGGUCAACAUGUUCUCGACUUGGUUAAUGCUGGCAAUUGCAGUAUUUGCAUCCUUUAUCCAGGUAAUAGCCAUAGCAGCUCAUCUCAGCCUUCCCCAAUCAUUGCGUGACGGCUGGGUACAUACUGUCGCCGUGCUGGCUAGCUCUAGUACUGUGAUUGCAGCUUGGGUCAUUGCAACUAUUUACCUGAUCAUCGACAAAGAAGUGCUUCAGAGUAACAGUGACCUAUGGUCUUGGUCAUGCCAGAAUAGGUCGCGGCAAAGCUGGGCAACUCUAUGUAUAGAACUGUCCUAUACAUUUAUUGCCAGCCUGGUUGUUAUAGUCUUCGAGAUCGCUGGCCUAGCUUUAUAUAUCAUUUCGCUGAGGGGGGUGUAUAUUGUUGGAAAGUAUAGCAGGGCUAGCACAGUCUAUUAG